ACACUUUAGAAGUUAAAGCCUUUCAAAACCUUCAUCUCCUCUUCAAUUAAGCCGCACCCUAUGCUUCCCUCUUUGCAUCUCAUUUGUUCUUGAUUCUCUCUUGGUUUGGUAUUCAUCUUAGCUUCUUCUCAUCAGAGAGAGAGAGAGAGAGAUGGAAAGGAUGUUCCCUCCUAAGAAGCCUUCAACUAUGAAUUCCCAUGACAGACCCAUGUGCGUACAAGGGGACUCAGGGCUUGUCCUCACCACAGACCCAAAGCCACGCCUCCGUUGGACUGUUGAACUCCAUGAACGCUUUGUUGAUGCUGUUAAUCAGCUUGGAGGGCCUGAUAAGGCCACUCCUAAAACAAUCAUGAGGGCUAUGGGUGUGAAGGGUCUCACACUUUACCACCUCAAGAGCCACCUUCAGAAAUUCAGGCUUGGAAAGCAGCCCCACAAGGAAUUCAAUGAGCACUCAAUUAAGGAUGGUAUAAGAGCGUCGGCUUUAGAACUGCAAAGAAAUCUCGGAUCCUCUUCCACCAUGAUUGGCCGCAACAUGAACGAGACGCAAAUGGAGGUUCAGAGAAGAUUUCAUGAACAACUAGAGGUUCAAAAACACCUUCAGCUAAGGAUUGAGGCUCAAGGAAAAUACAUGCAGAGUAUAUUAGAGAAGGCUUGUCACACACUUGCAGGUGAAAACACAGGCACAAACUUAAAGGGUAUUGGAGCUCCUCAAAAUACCUCUGAGAUGGGGGUCAUGAAAGAAAUCGGUUCUCUUAAUUGCACUUCUUUUCAAGAUCUUAACAUUUAUGGUAGUGGUGACCAACUUGAUGGGUUUAUGCCAACUAAUAAUGAGAGUUUAUUUGUGGGUAAGAAGAGGCCUUGCCCCUAUAGUGGAAGUGGAAAGAAUCCAUUGAUUUGGAAUGAUGAUCUCAGGCUUCAAGAUUUGGGAACGGCUUCAUCAUGCAUUAGUCCUCAAGAUGAUCCUUUCAAAGGUGAUCAACAGGUUCAAAUUGCACCACCAUCAAUGGAUAGAGGUGCUGAUAGUGAUCCCAUGUCAGAGAUCUAUGACACAAAGGCAGUACUACUGCAGAGGGAAAGUGUAGGUGGUCAGAAGAAAUUUGAUGCAUCUAUGAAGCUUGAAAGGCCAUCAUCCAAAACAUCGCCUCUUCGAGCAGAAAGGAUGAGUCCAAUUAUCAAUACUGAUUCCAUAGCACAAGGUAGAAGCUCACCAUUUGGUUGAGAAUUUUAAUUAAUACGCUUAAUUAUAUGUAAUUGGCUAUUAGUAUAGUUUGAGAUGUAGGGUUUUGAAUUGGGUGUUAGAGAUUAGCAGUUCAUACGGAUGUUAUAAUUUUCUGCCAAGUAGUAAUAUUACUGGUAUAAAGCCUUUGUUUGCAUGGCAAAUCAAAAUUCUCAUUCUAAUCUAAUUAUAUUAAAGCGGUUUAAUUG